CCGAAGUUGAAAUUAGAGGGCUCUCGCUCCCCUGCUGUUUCCGUUGUUGUAUUUUCGUGAAAUGUGUAUUUUGCUGUUGCUGACCAAAGACAUUUCAUCUUGUUGCUAGAAAUUGAUUUCCUUCUUACGCCUUCUUCUUUUGACCUUUCUCUUGCCGAAGAAGAAAUCCAAAAUUCCAAAUCUCAACAUUCCUAAAGCCUUGCCUUUUGAGCCUUCUGAUUUUAUUUCCUCUGCAAACUUCCUGAUCUUUGCCUUUUUAACUUCCGAUUCUUGGGACUGGUGCCUGUGACGGUUAACCUUUUCUGAUGGCUGGUCGCUAUGACAGAAACCCCUUCGACGAAGAAGAGGUUAAUCCCUUCUCUGACCCAGCAGUUAGGGGAAAAGCAUCGAACCAGUCAAACUAUGGUGGGGGUGCAUUUUACACAACUAAUCCUGGAAGCGUUGCCCCUGCCGCGAAUUCUAGGCUUGCACCUCUUAAUCCAGAACCUGCUGAUUAUGGCUUUGGCACAACAAUUGAUAUACCUCUUGAUAAUGCAUCAACGGAUUUAAAAAAGAAGGAGAAGGAACUCCAAGCGAAGGAGGCUGAAUUGAAAAGGAGGGAGCAGGAAGUAAGACGUAAAGAGGAAGCUGCUGCUCGAGCUGGCAUUGUUCUUGAGGAGAAGAACUGGCCACCAUUUUUCCCAAUUAUCCAUCAUGAUAUUGCUAAAGAAAUACCAAUUCAUCUCCAAAGACUGCAGUAUGUUGCAUUUACUACAUUGUUAGGAUUGGUGCUGUGCCUUUUGUGGAAUAUCAUAGCUGUCACUGCAGCUUGGAUUAAGGGUGAAGGUGUAAAAAUCUGGUUUCUUUCUAUCAUCUACUUCAUAGCAGGGGUUCCUGGAGCUUACUUCCUAUGGUAUCGCCCAUUGUAUCGUGCUUGCAGGACUGAAGGUGCUAUGAAGUUUGCAUGGUUUUUUCUGUUCUACCUGAUUCACAUUGGAUUUUGCAUAUUUGCUGCAGUUGCUCCUCCUGUUGUCUUCAAAGGAAAAUCCCUGACAGGUAUUCUGCCUGCAAUAGAUGUGAUCGGUGACAAUGUUUUGAUUGGAAUUUUCUACUUCGUUGGAUUUGGAUUAUUCUGCAUUGAAUCAUUGAUCAGCAUUUGGGUCAUUCAGCAAGUUUAUAUGUACUUCCGUGGCAGUGGAAAGGCUGCUGAGAUGAAACGGGAGGCUGCAAGAGGAGCAAUGAGGGCUGCACUGUGAUGAUUCUCUCUGUAUUGGGAAUGCUUGUCUUUUGCAUAUAUGCAUUAAUCUAGCUAUAUCCAUGUUGUAAAUUAGUAGCCUUAGGAAUUGCGGGUACAAAGUAGUGUUGAGCGUGAAUUUUGUUUGUAACAUGUUUCCUUCUUUGGCCUCUUUCAUGCUUUAAUAUGUGGUUUGUUAGCUUAUAAUUAUAAUCAUCAUCAUGCAGAUUCAUACCUAAACGCUUGGUGGAAACUUGCUAUAAAUUCGUUUGUUGUUGACUAAA